UAAAGAGCAAUCCAGAAAGGCUAUCAUCUCCAUUGUCGUCCCAAAACAUAUCAAAGAGCAGGUCCUGAACCUUGCCAAAUAUGUGAGACCUUCAUGGCUUAGCUGCUGUUAUGUACGUUCAUUCUAGCCCCAAGGCUCGGUAACGUAAUAAAAAGCUGAUCAUUUACAUUUCAUAGAGUCAGCGAGCGAGGCUUUCCCAAUUCCACACGGGCUUCGUCUCCUCAUUUCGUCUCUUCUUUGUUCUCUUUUACUUUACAUACUGUAUGCAUGUAAAAACGUGUGUCUACGACGAGUUGCUCUUCAACUUGGCAAUGCAUUUGUACCAUGAAUAUGGAUCCUUUACCAUGCUCUCGCUGGUUGUCGCUUGCUUUUUUUCUUUCUUUUCCUCUUUCUUUUUUUUCUUUUUAUCCCUCCCUCAGUUCCCCUCGUUCCAAUGUCGACAAUUAAUUCUGUUCUCCGAGAGUUGACAAGUGGCACCCGGAUAGACGGAGAAUCAUCUAUCAUCUCAGAGUUACUGUACAUCCACACGCACACACGCCCCCAACGAUGUUAAUGAAACGGGGUCCGCGAAUUGCGGAGGAGACUUUCGUUUCAACAUGUGGAAACAUUUAUGGAACCAUUUGGAACACACGAGCGCGGCCUUCGCCUUUUCUCUGGCUCUUUCUCCUUUUUCGUUCUCCGAACGCCCUGUUCCAAGUGUUCCAAGCUCCAGGGAUGCCAGUCGUCUUCAACACUUGGAUGGGUGCUGAGAGCGUCCUUGGGAUCAUUUCGUGCACAUCUAUGGGUUCCUCCUAUUUGAUUCUUCCUUGAUGACUUGGGAACAGGAGCUUAGGAUCCAUUGAAGAUCGCCUUUGCGGAUAAUUAAGAUCUAAAGUGUCUUUGACUGGCAACACUGACAGUGAAAUACCCUACUUUACUAUUAUUGUAUGCGCGGCGAUUAAACCCAGCGAAAACGUGUGACCAUGAACUGACUUGGAAAUUCCGUCCAAUGAGGUUGAAGUCUAUUGUCUUCGUGAAAAGACCGGAGUCAAGUUUCUGGAUUUGUUGUGCAAUUUGCAACUCCAAAGCAACGCUUGAAACCCUUGGAUAGAGAGGAUAGCUUUCCAAGGUUUCCCAUCCUUCCAUCAUAAUGGCUCCAACCAACAAGGAAAACAUUAUCCUGAGGAGCAUUUUCAGGAAUGGAACAUUAGGCACGUAUGGCGAAGUUGUUUCCAUCAACACCACCGAUGAGAUACCUCUGGCCUCCAAUUUCACCUUGGAGUCCAUUCUGACCAACAUGACCCAACUCACUUUGUUCGGUGACAAACAGGGGGCUAGUGAUAAUUUUGGCAACCCUGAGGCCAAUCCCUGCUUCAACUCCACCCUCGUGAAACUGGCCCCAACCAAUCUAAGUGACAUUCCACCCAAAGAAGUGAUCAUUGUCAUACUCAUGCUUCUGCUGUGGCUCUACUCCAUUCUUCUCACUCGAAAAGCAUGGUAUCGCCUUCUAAAAGAAUGAAUCGUCACUGUCCAACUCCAAUGUCCACGCUGACUGACAUCGCUCAAUUCACGCCCGAAAAGCUUCUUAGGUAUCAACUCACUCGACACAACCAAAUAACUACAAAAAAGAACAACUGUAUCAUUUUGUAACCAUGAAUAAUCACAAGAAAGCUUUUGCACAGUGUAGCGUACUCUGACUUGGGUUCUUUUCGUGACUCCAAUUUCCAGCCAAACGGAAACAUGAACGAACCAUUUCAGCCUUGCCAAUCGCAGCCAUCAUAGCCUUAAUUUCCCUUUGCCGGAAGAGGAAAAAAAGCAAUAUUCGAGUUUUCAAAUAAACCACGAGCUGAAAGUGUAAAGAUACAAGCGGUCCUUUAGUAAAGUGUGAACACUGUUAAGACAUAAUUAUAACUCUCAAGUUCACAAGGGAGGGUGUAAUCAGAGCCGGUAAUGGACAGUUUGUUGGUGUAAUUGCCCCUAAAGAUCAAAUUGGCAAAACAAUACGCACUAAACGCAGAAAAAACCUCGCGGAUUCCUCGAGAUACGAGUGGGGACAAAUUUGCUGGUUGGUUCAUUAUGGUCGGAGAUGGUGGUUCGAGAUGAUCAUUGAUAGAUGGCUUUUGAACCCGUCAUGUGGCAAAAUCACAAAAGGGGUCCCAGGGCCAUGAAUUAUGUGAUGCAAAGCGGAUGCGUAAUUAAAACCCCUUUUUGAGAUGGAUUGAAUCAUAAUGACUGCAAAAAGGAAUGCAAGACCUCCGUGGUAAUUUGAGUGGUAAUGAGCAUCGAUCGAGGAUACCGUGCAUUUUGAUCGAAUAUCCUUAGUUGGGUAUACCCUUUGGGUUUGAGUAGAUGAUGUGGGAGAAUAUUGAAAUAUCGAAAAGCUCUUUCAGAUCGUUCGCUUGAUUCGCUUUAUAUGCGUUCUACUUGGUGCCUAGGUAUGAGCUUGUCUCGUUAAUUUUUGCUCCAUUUUGCGGUCACCAUUUUCGGUCGUCUGUUAAAUUGGACAAAGAACUACUCGAAACAUGGA